CGCGUGGGAAGCGCGUGGGGUGGAGAUGCCGAGCUUCAAGGUCGAGAAUCGGAUGGAUACGCACCGACAGCGCUCCGAAUUUGUCGUCGUCGUCAUCCAUCUCUAUCUCAAUGGCCUCGCGUUGCAACUGCAGCCUGGCUAAUCAAUUAAUUAGUUAAUCGAAUUGAUUUUCUACCUCUGAGGAAUUCGGAGUUUUUCGGAAAGAGAAAUGGCCGCGGAAGGACAGACUCGAACGCCGACGAGCCCAGAGGCGAAGCUGGGAAUGCAGGUGGAGGAUCUAUGGGAUGUGCAGGAGCCGCAGCUCAGCCCUACCGAGAAGCUCAAUGCUUGUUUCGAGAGCAUUCCUGUUUCAGCUUUCCCUCCCGCUCCGGCGGACCAGAUUGUUGAGAUAAGAUCGGACACAAAUUUAGCAGAAGCCGUCAAGUUACUUGCACGGCACAGAGUACUCAGUGCUCCAGUGGUAGAUGUCAAUGCUCCGGAAGAUUCCGGUUGGAUGGACAGAUACUUAGGCGUUGUCGAAUUCGCUGGGAUCGUUGUCUGGAUUUUGCAUCAGUCUGAAAAGAUGGAAGGGCAGUCGCAGGGCGACGCAUGGUCGUUCAUCGAUGCAUCCACGACGGGCUCGGACUCGGGCUCUGAGGGCGACAUAGGAGCUGCAGUUGCAGCAGCAGCCAGUGGGAUCACAUCCCCGAGGUUCAAAAGUACGAAUCCCGACUCUCCAACAGCAUCCUGUGGAGAAUUUUUCAAGACUCUAACAUCCUCCGACGUGUACAAGAACACAAUGGUCGGAGACAUCUCAGGAUCGUUCCGAUGGGCUCCAUUCCUUGCGCUGCAGAAAGCCAACUCCUUUCUAACAAUGCUGCUGCUGCUGUCGAAAUACAGGAUGAAAAGCAUCCCGGUCGUCGACAUGGGCGAAGCCAAGAUCGACAAUAUCGUCACACAAAGCGCGGUUAUUCACAUGCUCAAAGAAUGCGCUGGCCUCCAUUGGUUCGAAACCUUAGGUUCGAAAAAGCUAUCCGAAUUAGACCUUCCAUUAAUGAAAUCUCAGCACAUGGUAAAGGUUUACGAGGAUGAUCCCGUGCUGCAGGCGUUCAAACUAAUGGGAGAAAAGGGCGUUGGAGGCUUACCCGUAGUUUCAAACGACGGCAACAAGGCAGUCGGGAAUAUAAGUCUCCGAGACAUUCAGUUCCUUCUCAUAGCAUCCGAGAUCUACAAGGACUACAGAUCCAUGACAGCAAAGGAGUUUUUGACGGUGGUGAGACGGUACGCCGACGAGCAUCUGAAGAAGCUGCAGGCGCCAAGCAGCAUGGUGACGUGCCGGCGGGGGGAUACGCUGAUCGAAGUGAUUAGGAAGCUGGAUUCGCAGACGAUCCACCGUAUAUACGUGGUGGAUGACGGCGGGAACCUGGAGGGUGUCGUGACGGUGCGGGACAUAAUAUCGAGGCUCGUCCACGAGCCUCGCGGGUACUUCGGAGACUUUUUCGACGGGGUCUUGCCGCAGCCACACAGCCGGAGAGUGUGAACAGGUUGGUGCAAUGUUGUUCUUGUUCUUCCAUGAAUCUAUUAUCUCUAUGAUCAUCUUAAUAAUUUGAACUUAGUUUUGAAAGUUUAGGGAGUUAGUAUUGAGUUUGAUUUAGUUUUAUGGCUGGUUUUUGUUUAGUUUUUGUAGCUGAAAAUGAUGGUAUGGUGAAUUGUUCUUUUGUUGUUUUUGUGUAAUUUUGGUAGGGUUCUUGACAAAAUUGCAUUCUUUUUCUGGUGUAGGAAUAUAAUAGAUAUUGCAUGGUUAUGUAAUUUGAUUGUUUGUU